GUAGUCGCCAGAUGAGCUAUUGAGUUAGCAUACGGCUAACGGGCUGGAAAAAGUCCAUAGGGGAGAUGACCACCACUGCACUUGGCCAGUCUGCCCCUCUCCCCUCAAACAUAGAGGCAGGUAUGGGACGGUCCGCAGCAAUGCUGGGGCUAUCAGCCAGUCUCGGGGGAGCAGAGAUGGAGCUGCAGAAGAUGCUGAUUGAUGAAAGGAUGAAGAGUGAAAACCAUAGGACAAACUACCAGACACUGAAGGCUGAGCACACCAGUCUCCAGGAUGAGUUCACAAGAGUGCAAAAUGAGCUGCGGAGGUUGCUGAAUGACAGACAGACUCAACAGGAGCGGCAGCAGCUGCUUUUGGCAGAGCUCAGAGGAGAACUGCUGGACAAGACUCGGGAGCUAGAGGACCUUAAGUUACAGGUAAUGACCCCUCAACGUCUUGAGCUGCUCAGAGCUCAGGUGCAGCAGGAGAUGGAGGGUCCCAUCAGAGAACGCUUCAACAAACUUGAGGAGGAGGCGGAGAGAUACAGGUCUGAGUACAACAAGCUACGCUAUGAUUUCACACUCAUCAAGUCUCAGUUUGACCAUCAGCGAGAGGAGCACUUCAGGACUCUAGAGGAGCGCAGGAUCAUCUACGAGGCAGAGAUUUCUCGUCUGGAGAGGGACCGGGAGGAUCUGGUUGCUCGGUACCAGGGCAUGGACCCUCUGUGUGAUGGUAAACGUGUGGAGGCCCUGCUCAGGGAGAAGGCGCAGCUCCUAACACGGUUGAAGGGGCUGGAGACCGAGGUGAGAGAGCUCCGAGCCCAGAGGGAAAACUCAGGACAACAGGCCGAAAACGUGCAGCGCAUUCAGGUCCGGCAGAUCUCAGAAGCACAGGCCGCGAUCAAGUCUCUGGAGGCGGAGCGUCAGUCUUUGCGUUUGCAACUGGACCGGAUCGAGACUGAACUGAAGUCCACACUCGAACAGAACUCGGAGCUCACAGCAAAACUACACAAAGCAGAAAGAGAGGUCAACUCACUUAACUGCCAGAUUGACAGCAUGAAACAUUCACACAAACUGGAGCUGGCCACAGUUAAACUUGAAUGUGCUCGGUCCAAGGUAGAAGUGGAGCGGGAGAGAGAAGCACUCCAGGCACAGAUCGAUGGUCUGCAGUCUGAUGUGGAGGUGCUGAAGGCGGCUGUGGAGCGACAUAAAGAGAUUUUGGUAGAGAAGGAGCGAGAGGCGGUGAGGAGGGUCCAGGCCGCCCGAGAGGAAGAGUUCAGGAAAACCGCUGUGCUACAUGAGGACAAAUUGGAGUUGGAGAACCGUCUUGUCACAUUGGAACAGCAGAGGGCACUACAGGACACUGCAUCUCAGGCCCAAAAGGAGGAGUGGGAGGAGAGGAUCAGGAGCGCCCAACAGGCCGAAGAGUCGGUCAGGAGAGAGCUUCAGAACCUCAGAUCCAAACUUCACCAGCAAAGUUCACAACUGGAUGAACUGGAGCGACAGAAGGCAGAGGUGACUGAACUAAAGAGGCAAAAUCAGGAGCUGAGUGUGCAGCUGGGUACACUGUCUCAAUCAGAGAGUGACCUGACAGAGACCAACCAGAGGCUUCGAGAGACUCUGGACAAAGCCCGAGAGGAGCUGAGGGCAUUCCGCACAGAGGCUGAGAGGAGCCAGCACCUGUCUGAGCGGACACUGGAGGAACGUCGAGUAGAGUGGUUGGAGGAGAAACACAAACUUCAGGAGCGAGAGGCUGAACUGCAGCAGAAAUACUCUCAGCUCAAAGACAAGCUCCAGAGGGCAGCCAAUGCUCAGAAGAAGAGGAAAAUGUUGACUGAAAACAGAGAGCGGAAACUUCAGGACAGGAUCCAACUGCUGGAGGCCAAAAUCACAGAGGUGGAACUGGAGGCAGAAGCUGCUAAAAAACAAGCAACAAACUCGGAGGAACGGGCAAGACUGAGUCGACAGCUCAAAGAACUGCAGCGGAGGCACAAUGAGUUUCGGCAGCUCUUGCUUGGGGGUCAAGGGUCAUUUAACAUUGGGGCCCCAUUCAUGACUUCCUCCCCUCAUCAACAGUACACAGGGCCCAAGUCUGAGGGAGCUAUACCCAACAUCACUGAGUCUCAGCUCACAGACCUGUCCAUGCUGCGCCAGAGACUUCAGGAUUUGGAAAACGCACAACUUCAGCAAAUGGAAGAAUUGGGAAACGUGGUGAACCAAACCCCCUCUCAGGGUGACCCCUAAACCAAUAGAUUUUAUACAAACUCUAGUCUAGAAAUUAUAACAUCUGUGUCUUCCUCAGGUUUUUAUUGUACACUUUUGCACUGUAUUUAUAAAAUUUUGAAAUGUUAAAUAAUUAAAAGUUCAUAUGUG